ACAUGUGAAUGUCGGCUGUAUAAACUCGAUCUGAUUGAAGACCAUUAGAUCUGCUGAUUUCACUUGCGAAUUCUCUCUCUCCAUCUCUUUCUCUCUCUAGAAUGCGACUGUGAUUCGAAGGAAUAACACAAGCAAAGGAGAAGAGUCUGUCUCAGUGCUCUCUCUCUCUCUGAGUUUUUGAAUAAUGUAGAUUGGACUUUUAUCUCAUAAUUCUGGUUGCGAUUGUUCCAAGGAAAAGGAAAAGGAAAAGGAAUAAGAGAAAGCAAAAGGGAAAGGGAAAGGAAAAGGAGAGGAAAAUAGUAGUAUCGUAGCGUGAAGAAGGAAGGAAAAGGAAGAGUGAGGGAGACGAAAUGAAGGGUUCGUCUUACACUCUUCCGGCGAAGCGGCGAUGGAAAGGACUCGUGAUUGCUGUGCUCGGCCUCGUUUUCCUUUCCAUGCUCGUUCCCCUCGCUUGCUUGCUCGGCCUCCAUAACGGCCUUCUCUCUGCAUCCGGAUACACAAAUGAACAACAUAGUUCAACUUCAGAUGAUAUUAGAGUUUAUGAUCAUCACGAUGGCAAUAACCGCCGGAAUCAGUCAGAGCAGGACAAAUCAACAAAAGUAGAUGACCUUUUACACAGAUUCAGACCAACUCUUCCAAAGGAUUUUCAAAGUGGUUCCUUUGAGGAAGCUGAGCCUGAAAAUAAAACCAGUGGUUUUCCAGUGAUUGUUAAUGUGCCAAAACAACUUCCCAGAGAAAAUAGCACUACAACCGGUAAAGUUGAAGUUGCUAAAGAAAUUAAAGGUGUUGAUGACAGUGAAAAAUCGUGCGAGAUGAAAUUUGGGAGCUACUGCUUAUGGCGUCGUGAACAUAGGGAAAAAAUGAAAGAUGCUUUAGUGAAGAAGAUGAAGGACCUGUUAUAUGUGGCUCGGGCUUACUUUCCUAGUAUUGCAAAGCUUGCAGCACAUGACAAACUAUCACGUGAAAUGAAGCAAAAUAUUCAGGAGUUUGAACGUAUUCUCAGCGAAGCUACAACAGAUAAAGAUCUCCCACCACAGAUUGAGAAAAAGCUACGCAAAAUGGAGGAUGUCAUAGCCAGAGCAAAAUCAUUUCCUGUGGAUUGUAAUAAUGUCGACAAGAAAUUGAGACAAAUAGUUGAUCUGACGGAGGAUGAAGCUAGCUUCCACAUGAAGCAGAGUGCCUUUCUCUACCAACUUGCUGUCCAAACCAUGCCAAAAGGUCUACACUGUCUGUUGAUGCGACUGACUGUGGAAUAUUUUAAAUCUCCUUCAUUAGAUAUGGAUGAAUCACUUGCUGAGAAAUAUUUGAAUCCAGCAUUGCACCACUAUGUUAUAUUCUCCAGCAAUUUACUCGCAUCUUCUGUAGUAAUUAACUCAACCGUAAUGCAUGCAGAGGAAAGUGGGAAUCAAGUUUUUCAUGUGCUAACGGAUGGACAGAAUUACUUUGCCAUGAAGUUAUGGUUCUUCAGAAAUACAUACAGGGAAGCAACAGUUCAAGUGUUGAACAUUGAAGAUCUCAAUUUGAAGGACCAUGAUAAUGCAACUCCGUUACAUCUGUCAUUGCCUGAGGAAUUUCGUGUUUCCUUUGGCAAUGAUAAACCAUCUAUGAGCCGAAGAACAGAAUAUAUAUCUGUUUUUUCUAAUUCACAUUAUCUCCUUCCUAAAGUAUUCCCGACUUUGAAUAAAGUUGUUGUUCUGGAUGAUGAUGUUGUUAUCCAACGAGAUUUGUCAACCUUAUGGAGCCUUAACAUGAAGGAAAAAGUGAUUGGUGCCAUGCAGUCCUGUGCUGUGAAGUUGGGUCUGCUGACAAAUUAUUUGGGCGAGAAAAGUUUGGAUGGAAAUUCUUGUGUUUGGAUGUCUGGGCUCAAUGUUGUCGAUCUGGUCAGGUGGAGGGAGCGAGAUCUUACGAAAACCUUUCGGAGGUUGGUGCAAGAGCGGUUGAGCACAGGGAAGGUAUUAUCUGAAGCUGUUACACUGCGUGCAAGCUUUCUCACUUUUCAAGGCUUGGUUCAUGCUCUUGAUGAUGCCUGGGUAUUAUCAGGAUUAGGUCAUGAUUACGGCCUGGACGUAAAUGCAAUUAAGAAAGCCGCAGUGUUGCAUUUUAACGGGAACAUGAAACCUUGGCUUGAGCUGGGCAUUCCAAAAUAUAGAGGCUACUGGAAGAAGUUUCUGAAUCUAGAAAAUCAGUUCCUGAGCGAUUGCAACAUAAAUCCAUAGAGAGUUACGAUCCAGUUUUCAUUUAUGGCGUUUGUGGGAAACCUAUGAUGCACAUAAUGUGAUGUCCGAUUUCUAGGUGCAGAAGAAUUUUUUUUUCUUGAGCUAUGGCUUGCAAUGAAAUGGAAGAAUAUUUUUUUCCACUUUUAGGCAAGACAGAAGGGAGAUAGUUCUAGUGAUGGGUUGCAGCUGAUGAUAGGCCUGGAGGACGGUGAUGGUUGACAUGAAUUAAUUGGACAAUGCAGGGACAGAGGAAGAACUCGGUUCUCUGCUUUAUUGUUUAGCAUCGUGCAAGGGAAGUGGAGCCAUGAAUUUGUGUAUACACGGAAAGCGUAUCUGCAUGUGUUUUUCCAGGAAGAUCAAUGGCUAUUCAUUAUAUUAAUGAUUUUUGGGUGAGAAACGUAUGUUUGAUUCCCUUUAGCAUGUCAAUUUUCUUCUUCUUUUUUUUUCUUAGUUUAUUUUAUUUUUAUUUUUUGUAAGUCUUUUUUUUUUUUUGGUUUUCCCAGGGCGGUGAGAAGAAUAAUAGACAGAUUCAUCUUUACUUUCUGUAUCAAUUCAAAUUUAAUC